AUGAAGGAAUCGUUACUUUGGACCAUUGUGCCAUUCCUGGCUAUUGUUUUAAGUCUUGAGGCUGUUACAGGGUCUAAACUUGUCAAGGCGUAUGAAGUUGGAUCUAGGCGAAUUGAUGCCCAUAUCUGUGGCGAUCAUAUCAAAGAAGUCUACACAAAAGUGUGUAUUGACGAAUCUGUUGGAAAGAGGAAACGUAGAUCGCCUUUGAUGGAAGAAAAGGAGGCACUAAGUUUUAUACAUUCUGAAAGCAAUAGAAGUCUACGAAAAGCACGUUCAGUUAGAACUGUUAAUAUUGUUGAGGAGUGUUGUAUAGAGGGUUGCACUAUCGGUGAAUUGAAGGAAUAUUGUUGAAGUAACUGCAGGCAAAUUUACAUGACAGUGGCAAAAUAGGUUCUAAGGAGUAUUUAUCUUGGAAAUUCGUUACCAAAUUUGUAAAAAGAUGAAAUAAAUUAAAUUUAACACAACAAAAAGUGAUCAAUGGAGAGAUACUGGAUUAUUCAAGGAAAACCUAGAACAUACAUAGUAACAUAAGGGUAACAAUAGAGUACCUUAUAUCCAAAAAGAGAAUGAAGAGUGGCUUAGAGCCGCAGCAUUAAAAGACAUGGGUAACCAAAUGAGCCUAGAUUCAUCA